UGAAAAGGGGAUGGAUCAAGCAACAGAGGUUUUCGUUUCUGAGUCUGCAAUUGGGUUUCGAUUUCUCGUUGUUAAAUAUGCAAAGGAAAGGGUCGCAGCUCCGUCAAGUCGGCGGCAAGAAUGAAGCCACCGCUGCAUCUCAGCUGGUGGUGGUGGCGAUCGGCAGCGACAAGAGCAGCCAGCACGCUCUCAAGUGGGCGGCCGAUCAUAUCUUGUCUAAGAACGAGAUAUUCAUCCUUCUGCAUGUCCGCCGAAAGAUCACAACUAUUCCGACUCCAUCUGGACUCCAGAUUCCAAUCACUGAUGUGGAUGAUGAUGUUUCCUCUGCUUAUAUCGAGCAAAUUGACCUUCAAACUAAAGAGCUACUUCUUCCUUUUCAAUGUUUCUGCAGCAGAAGAGGGCUGCAGUGCAAGGAAGUGAUUCUGAAUGAGUCUGAUAUUGCCAAGGCAAUUGUAGAUUUUGUCAUAUUCCUGGCUGUUGACAAGCUAGUUGUGGGCUCAUCAAAUAGAAAUGCAUUUACGAGGACUUUCAAGAAUCUGGAUGUCCCAACAGCUGUUUCAAAGACUGCUCCAGAAUUUUGUUCUGUGUAUGUUAUAUCUAAAGGGAAGAUAUCAUCAGUUCGUCCAGCUACUCGUCCAAAAAAGCUUUUUGCCAACAAGCUUCAAGAGUUGGAUUCCACCGGAUGUCCCUUCCAAUCUGUUAAAAGUACACCUGAAGUGAGACGGCACUUUGGACCUUCUGGAAGAAUUGGAGCUGUCCAUGGCACAAGAAAUGCGAUAUAUGAGAGGGUAUAUGACAACAGAACUGGUGAAAUGACGGCAAUUGGAUCCCAGAAUGGAGGUCAUAUUGACGUUUCUUAUUAUAGUUCAACCUCAUGUCCUAGUCCAUUCAGGGCAAGUUUUGACGAAACUGAAGUUUCAUUUUCACGAGAGAUUGAUGCUGAUGGAAAUCAAUUGAAUAUAUCUCCAUUUCUCAAUGAAUACAAUGGUGGAGAACAAGGCAAAGGAUUUGUGUUAAAGUCAUAUGAUUAUGACAUUUGCCGUAAUUUGAUUGCAUAUGAUCAUGACAAUUUCUCUAAUGCAACUGGCUAUGGUAAUGACAUUCAGUUGCCAAAUAAUGGCAGUAAUUGGCAAAGUAAUGCUGGAUCAAAUGGGAUUGGUCACAUGCCACCUAUACCAAAGAGGGAAGUUGGAUCUUGGUCACACCAUUCAAUUGAUGAUUUGGAAUCUAUGAUGAGUAGUUUGAAGCUAGAGUUGAAGCACAAGAGAAAUUCGUAUGAUGAUUCUACUCCAGAGAUACGCCCUCGGAAUACGUCUUUGGAUGAGGUGGUGGUAGUUGCUCCAAAGACUGCCCUUAUUAAGCAGAGAUCCAUACUACCCUUGCCAGAAUCACCAAAAGCUAUUAAAUUAGAAAAUGAAGUAAACAGUCAAAAAAGUGAGAAUCAUACAUGGCUUCAAGAAAUUGCAGAGAAGAGGAAAGAACUGGAGACAAUUUCUUCAGAUAUUCGUUAUAGGAGGUACAGUGUUGAUGAGAUUUUGAAAGCAACCGAUAGCUUUUCAGAUUCGCUAAAGAUAGGUGAAGGAGGAUAUGGACCGGUCUUUAAGUCCACCAUUGAUCAUACAGUUGUUGCAAUUAAGAUUCUACGAUCUGAUGUAGCUCAAGGAAUUAAACAAUUCCAAAAAGAGGUGGAGGUGUUGAGUUGCAUCAGACAUCCAAAUAUGGUCCUUCUUCUUGGUGCCUGCCCUGAAUAUGGUUGCCUGGUAUAUGAAUAUAUGUCGAAUGGUAACCUCGAAGACCGCCUUUUCUGCAGUUCUGGCACCCCUCCAUUGUCAUGGCAAAUACGAUUCAAGAUCGCCGCUGAAAUAGCCACUGGCCUCCUCUUUCUCCACCAAACAAAGCCCGAACCCCUUGUCCACAGAGAUCUUAAGCCUGCAAACAUCCUUCUUGACAACAACUUUGUUAGCAAAAUUGGUGAUGUUGGCUUGGCUCGCCUCAUUCCUUCCUCAAUCGCCGGCGCGACCCAAUACCACAUGACUGCUGCAGCUGGGACAUUCUGUUACAUUGAUCCUGAGUACCAGAAAACUGGCUUGGUGAGCACAAAAUCUGAUAUUUAUGCUCUUGGUGUCAUCCUUCUUCAGCUGGUCACUGCAAGGCCACCAAUGGGGCUUGCUCAUUAUGUUGAAAACUCUGUUGAGAUGGGAAACUUUGAACAGAUUCUGGAUCCUAACAUACCAAACUGGCCCAAGGAACAAGCUAUGAGGCUUACUAAAAUAGCCCUUAAUUGUGCCGAGCUUCGAUGCAAAGAUCGACCGGAUCUAGCUACUGCUGUGCUUCCACAACUAAAUGAGUUGAGGGCUUUUGCAGAGUCUACCAUUGAUCCUGCAUGGCAAGCUUCACGUUGGAACUCAAGGAGCUCAAGGGAGAUGAGGAAUUCUCUUUCAGGAAUAGAAGAGUUUGCUACAGUUGAGAGAACAAGGGGACACUUUAGUCAUUGAAAGAAGCCAUGGCCUUCAAAAUUGCUUGGGAAUAGCUUCAAGAAAUAAUCUGAAGUAGAAAUGUGCUUUCAAUAAGAAGAUCAUUUGUUAUAUAUGUUAAUUUUUUUGUUAAAUGUUUUCCUUUGUUUUUUCAGAUUUUUGGAAACAGA